CGCUGAAACCUGUGCGGACUCUGCAACCUGGGCGUGCAGAACUGAGGGAAGACACCACCUCAGGGACCCUUGCCAGCCAUGCCACCCGAGACUGCGUGGGACAGGAGCACUGUCGCCCCCAGCAGGCUUGCAACUUGGUGGCCCCGAACAAGCCGGCCUAGAAGGAUUCAAGCAGUGCUCCAGCGACUCAGGGCCAUCUGCCCACCCCUCUCCACCUUCUACCUCUUCUUCGUGAUCUUCGUGGUGUCUACUAUCUUCCACUGCCACCGGCGCCUAGGUCUGGUGCCUGCCCCCUGGGCCUCGACAUCCCUUGUGGUCUUCCCUCCAAGACACAUGCCCCGGGAGGGCAUGUUCACCAUCAGAGUCAAAGGCCGCCUGGGGAACCAGAUGGGUGAAUAUGCCACGCUGUUUGCACUGGCCCGGAUGAACGGACGGCUUGCCUUCAUCCCUGCGUCCAUGCACAGCACACUAGCGCCCAUCUUCAGGAUCAGCCUCCCGGUGUUGCACAGCGACACAGCCAAAAGGAUCCCGUGGCAGAAUUACCACCUCAACGACUGGAUGGAGGAGCGUUACCGCCACAUCCCGGGGCACUAUGUGCGCUUCACGGGAUAUCCGUGCUCUUGGACUUUCUACCACCACCUGCGCCCAGAGAUCCUGAAGGAGUUCACCCUGCACGACCACGUGCGUGAGGAGGCCCAGGCCUUCCUGCGUGGCCUGCGGGUGAAUGGGAGCCAGCCGAGUACCUUUGUGGGUGUCCAUGUGCGCCGAGGGGACUAUGUGCGUGUCAUGCCCAAGGUGUGGAAGGGCGUGGUGGCUGACCGGGGUUACCUGAAAAAGGCCCUAGACAGGUUCCGGGCACGGUAUUCAUCUCCAGUCUUCGUGGUCACCAGUGAUGACAUGGCCUGGUGCCGGAAGAGCAUCACUGCCUCCCGAGGGGACGUGGCCUUUGCAGGCAAUGGCCUUCAGGGAUCGCCUGCCAAGGACAUUGCAUUGCUCAUGCAGUGCAACCACACCGUCAUCACGCUGGGGACCUUUGGGAUCUGGGCUGCCUACCUCACGGGUGGGGACACUGUUUACCUGGCUAACUUUACCCAGCCCAACUCCCCCUUCCACACGGUUUUCAAGCCAGAAGCAGCUUACCUGCCCGAGUGGGUGGGCAUCGCUGCUGACCUGGGACAGCCAAACACAGUAGGCUCUGGCCAUGCCUCAACCAGAGCCCCCAAGAGGCACUGGGGGACCUUGCUGUAGUGCACAUGCUCAGUGGGUUUCCAGUCCUGUCUUCCAUGCUUUGCAGCUGAGUGACCACAGGUCAGUGAUGUCACCUCACUGCCUUCCUGGUGCUCUGAGCACAGUCUGGGCUUAGCUGAGCAGCAGCACACGCGGGUGCUUUGAGCUCCUCAUUGCCCACUGCUAGCCACUGUAGGCCUACCAUUCGCUGCAUCUGGAGUGCUGUCUCAUGGAGGCCAGUGUGUAGCUAGGGUUUCUACGGCUCUGAUAAAACACCAUGACAGUAAACAAGUUGGGGAGCAAAGAGCCUACUUCAGCUUACAGCUUACACUUUCACAUCACAGCCCUUCACUGAGGAAAAUCACAGCAGGAACCUGGAGGCAGGAGCUGAUACAGGGGCUGUGGAGGGGUUCUGCUCACUGGCUUGCUGUCUGUGCCUUGCUCGACCUGCUGCCUCAUACCACCCAAAGGGUGUAGAAGGCCGUUUCUAGCACACUCACUCGCCUAGAGCACAAAACCUCUGAGCUACCUCAGCCCUGGCUGGGGACCUGGUUAUUGUCCCCUGCUCUGGUCUCAUCAGGCAUGGUGGGACACAGAGGCUCUUUAGCAGGAGGCAAGCAGAUGGCAGUGGGAGGUGUGAGAUGAAGGGCGCCCUGCCCUGCCCAGCUUCGUGUUUGCUUGGCCUUGCUUGAACAAAGAUACAAACGGCUUUUACUUUGUAAAGCCCUAGGAAGGGCUAGUAAUCUGCCAAUGGUAAUAAAUUCCACAUUC